CUACAUUCAUAACAUGAUCAUAGAUUAUAAUUCAUACAAACAAUAAUAAUAUUCAGUGCAACCCCUAACCUUAGUCGACCUUAACCCAUUUUUCUUAAAUUCAUGAUCAGAGAUGCACAUCACAGAGAAAUGCAACUAUGUUAUUGCAUUGCACUAUCUAGUAAGUAAAUAGCAUGGUAAAUAGAAGGUAGUUAAUCAAUAUCAGUGAUAAAUAACGGAAACUGAUGCGCUGACAUAUCAGGACCUGGAGAAAUAAAUAUUGCAGCCCGGUGCAACAGUUUGGUGUGGCUUCUGUAACGUGAAUGUUUGGUCUAGUACAGAAUAUCAAGAUGGAUUUCUGUACUCCAGAGUUGUCUGUAGAAUAUUUAAAUUCCGUGUUUGAAGAAGAAGAUAAUUUUUACGGUUUGGGAAUUUUAACAAAAUUAAAAGACUUUUUAACAAAGUAUACGAGAAAUUAUGAGAAAGCAUUAAUGUUUUUAUUAACAGAAGACAAGCAAAGGUUUAAAAACAGUAAAGAUGCUGACAUUAAAGUAAUAUUUGGAAGUUGUCCUUUUAAGGAACUGCAACAGUUGGUUAAGUGGGCUGAAAAACUUAGAGAUGUAAUUCCAGCAUAUCAUUUUGAUAAAAUAGCCAACCAGACAGCAACAGAUCAGUUAAAAUUGAAAAAGGGUGUAGGAACAUUAGUUCAAUUUACUGAGUCUAAAGUUGACAGUUUCUUUGUUAAUAAAGUUUCUGGUAAAGAUGAUACCAGUCGAAAGUCAAAGUUUCUUGAUAAUUUUAGUAUGCGAUUUGAACCUGAUGAUCAAAAACCUUCAUGUUCUUCAGCAGGAAUAGCAAAAACAAAGUCUGAUAUAAAUAGCACUGAUUGGCUAAAAUCUCAAUACAAUGCAUAUAAGGAUUUUAUAACACAUUUAAAUUGGGAAGAUUUUUGUGAUUAUAUUAAAACAACUUUAUCGACUAAGACUAGUCAGGAGGCUUUACAAAAUGAACUUUUUGAAAUGUUGGGCUUUGAAUGUUUUGAUUUGAUUCAAAGUAUAAUACAAAAGAAAGAUGUGAUUCUCAGUAGUAUAUUACAUCCACAAACGGCUCCUUCUGCACACAGUAAUCCUGAAAUCAGAAGGACAACUGAAUUAUCAAGCGAAACAGGAGUGAGGAGAAAAAUUCCAGCAUUAAGUAGUCAAGUAGUAGUUUAUUCACAAGAAGAAAAGCAACUUGAAAAGAAAAAACGUAAAUUAAAAAAAAAGAUGAUGAAAAAAGGAACUGCUGAGAAACUUACUGACACUAUUGAUCAAGUUGAAAGAAAUCUUAAUACGGCGAAACAUGAGCCCUUAUUUAAACCUGUUGCAAAUCUUAAUUUACCUCAUUUUAAAAAUGUCCACGAUGAACAAACAGAAAUUCGUCAAAAAGCUGUAAUAUGUGGUAAACCCAUCACUAUUCCAUUUAAUGCAAAGCGCACCAGUAAUAAGAAAUACGAAGAAGUGGUAAUACCAGCAAAAGAAAUACUCAAAAAAUCUGAAGUAACAUUGAGUAUUGAUAGCUUGGAUGUUAUUGGAAAAAUGGUGUUUCGUGAUGUGAAAAGUUUUAACCAUAUUCAAUCAGAGGUGUUCCCAGUUGCUUACUGUAGCAAUGAAAAUAUGCUAGUUUCAGCACCCACAGGAGCUGGUAAAACUAACAUUGCAUUAAUGACCAUUGUUCAUCAGAUUAAAAAUUCUAUUGAAAAUAAUGUUGUCCAACUUCACAAACUCAAGAUAGUUUAUGUAUGUCCAAUGAAAGCAUUAGCAGCAGAAAUGACAAAUAACUUUAGUAAAAAAUUGAGUUGCAUGGGAAUAGUUGUUAAAGAAUUAACAGGUGAUAUGCAGCUAACUAAACAAGAAAUUAUGAGUACUCAUAUGUUGGUAGUUACUCCUGAGAAAUGGGACAUAAUUACUCGUAAAGGAACUGCUGAUGUUGAACUUACCAGUCUGUUGAAACUUCUUAUAAUUGAUGAAAUUCAUUUACUGAAUACAGACAGGGGCCCUGUCAUUGAAGCAUUAGUGGCUAGAACCUUGAGACAAGUACUUUCUUCCCAAAAUAUGAUCAGAAUAGUUGGAUUGUCAGCUACACUUCCAAAUUAUUUUGAUGUAGCACAAUUUUUAAGGGUUGACCCUGCUCAAGGUCUGUUUUACUUUGAUAGCAGAUAUAGAUCAGUACCUUUAGAACAGACAUUUAUUGGUGUUAAAUCUAGCAAAUCAGACGUUCUAAUUAAAGACAUGAACGAAGUUUGCUUUCAUAAAGUAUUACAUUUGUUAAAGCAGGGUCACCAGGUAAUGGUUUUUGUUAAUGCCAGGAAUGAAACUGUUAGAACAGCGAAUUUUUUUAAAGAAAUGGCAUCACAGUUAAAAGUACUUAAGUAUUUCCAACCAGAAGUUUCAAUUAAAGCAAAAAAGGUGGCAUGGAAAUCCAAUAACAAUUUAAAUAGAGUUGUUGAAGAUCUCAUUCAGUAUGGACUUGGUGUUCAUCAUGCUGGUAUGCUGCGAGCUCAUCGGAAUACAAUUGAAAAAUGUUUUGCGGAAGGUACUAUCAAAUGUUUAGUUUGCACAGCAACCCUUGCAUGGGGUAUUAAUCUUCCUGCGCACGCUGUAAUUAUUAAGGGAACUUCGAUUUAUGAUUCCAAGAGAUCAUCGUAUGUGGAUAUGGAUAUAUUAGAUGUUCUUCAAAUUUUUGGAAGAGCUGGAAGACCGCAGUAUGACUCUUCAGGUGAAGCGUUCAUAAUAACAUCAGAAGAAAAACUUCAUCAUUACCUUCAAGCUUUAACAAAUCAAUUACCAAUUGAAAGUAAAUUGUUAGAAGCAUUACCUGAUCAUUUAAAUGCUGAGGUAGUACUAGGCACCGUUGCAAAUAUUCAAGAAGCUGUUGAAUGGUUGACUUACACAUACUUUUACAGGAGAGUUAGAUCUAAUCCACUUGUGUAUGGUCUCUCUUAUACCGAAUUACACGAUGAUCCAAAUUUGCGAGAACAUUUAUUGAUACGAGCUAAUAAUGCCGCUGUGCAGUUAGAUAAUGCUCAUAUGGUCAGAUACACAUCCAAAACUGGCGAAUUAGUUGCCACUAACUUUGGUAGAACUGCUAGUCAUUACUAUAUUAAUUACGAUACAAUGGUUACAUUUCAUGAAAUGAUAACAUCGUUCAUGCAAGAAAGUGAUAUAAUCAAUAUGAUGUGUUUCUCCGGUGAAUUCAAGCAAAUUCAGGUCAGACCUGAAGAAAUAGAUGAAUUGGAUGUUUUAAAAAUGACGUGUGAAUAUCCAACUCCUCCCGUUGAAGAGCCUGUCGGUAAAAUUUCCGUUCUAAUGCAAACCUAUCUUUCUCGAGGUACUAUCAAAACUUCAUCAUUGGCUUCUGAUAUGAUGUACAUAUCACAGAAUGUUGUGAGAAUAGCUCGUGCUCUUUUUGACAUCGCUCUGAAUUUAAGCGAAGCGCUUUUGACUGCUAAAUGCCUAACAGUUGCUCAAAUGUUUGAAAGACAGUGUUGGAUAACUCGUACGCCUCUAAGGCAAUAUCCCAAUAUUCCAAAUUAUGUUAUAGAAGAAAUCGAAAGGAAGAAAGUCGAUUUCGUAGAUUUUAGGGACCAUCAUGCUAAGCAAAUACAAGUUGUAAUCAAUAGUUUUAAAACAGCAGAACAGGUGAAGGAAUGCGCAGAGGCCUUCCCAUUGCUUAAUGUAGAAUCUGGUCUUUUUCCCAUCACUCGGGGAGUAAUAAGAAUUAAGUUAAAGAUAACGCCCAACUUUCGAUGGUUUGACAAAUAUCAUGGGAAGGCUUGCGAGGUUUUUUGGAUUUGGGUGGAAAACCCAGAUAACAAUGACAUUUACCAUUGGGAAUCAUUUGUAAUUACAAAAAAGGCCUGUAUAUACAAAGAACCUUUAGAAUUAUUACUUACUGUUCAGUUAGUUGAACCUCGACCAUCUCAGUAUUUAGUUCAAGUUUGGAGUGACAGGUGGCUAAAUGCUCGUACUACGCAUUCUGUAUCUUUCAGAAACUUGCAUGUUCCUGAAGGUUACACGCCACAUACUGACCUAUUGGAACUCACUCCUUUAAGUAUAAAAGCACUCAAUAACAGUGAAUACGAACGUAUGUAUAAAUUUACUCAUUUCAACCCAGUGCAAACUCAAAUGUUUCAUUGUUUGUAUCAUACUAACAAUAACGUUUUAUUGGGUGCUCCGACCGGUUCUGGAAAAACUAUUGCAGCUGAAAUAUGCAUAUUUAGACUUUUUAAUGAGAGUCCAGAUCUCAAGGUAGUUUAUGUGGCUCCUCUUAAGGCUUUAGUUAGAGAGCGUGUAGAUGACUGGAAAAGUAGGUUCAAUAAAAUAUUAAAUAAACGGGUUGUGGAACUAACAGGCGAUGUGAAUCCUACUACUGAUGCAACUAGUGGAGCAGAUAUUAUUAUAACAACACCUGAAAAAUGGGACGGUAUUACUCGAGGCUGGCAAAGUAGAUUGUAUAUUCGUAAAGUAGGACUCAUGAUUAUCGAUGAAAUUCAUUUACUUGGGGAAGAUCGUGGCCCUAUUUUAGAAGUCUUAGUUUCAAGAACGAACUUUAUUUCUGAUAAAACAGGACGAAAAUUACGGAUCAUAGGCUUAUCCACGGCUAUGGCUAACGCUGGAGAUUUAGCUGCAUGGUUGCAAAUUAAAAAGGUGGGGUUAUACAAUUUUAGGCCGUCUGUGCGCCCCGUACCGUUAGAAGUUCAUAUUUCAGGAUUUCCAGGAAAGCAUUACUGUCCAAGAAUGAUAUCAAUGAAUCGUCCCACAUAUCAGGCAAUACGUCAGCAUGCCCCAGAUAGUCCAGCUUUAGUUUUUUGUUCCUCAAGGAAACAGACGCGUCUAACUGCUAGUGAUCUCAUUAAUUAUUUAGCAAUAGACGCUGAUCCUAAACAAUGGCUAAAGUGUUCAGAAGAAAAUAUUGACAUGGUUGUUUCUACUAUUAGUGAUCCGGAUUUGAAACACUUUUUACCUUUCGGAAUAGGAAUACAUCACGCAGGUUUACAAGAACGUGACCGAAAGACUGUUGAAGAACUCUUUGUUAAUCAAAAGAUUCAAGUUCUUAUCGCUACAGCUACUUUGGCGUGGGGUGUAAACUUUCCUGCUCACCUUGUUGUUAUAAAAGGAACAGAAUAUUAUGACGGUAAAACAAAACGUUAUGCAGAUAUGCCUAUUACUGAUGUAUUGCAAAUGAUGGGCCGAGCAGGUCGACCUCAGUUUGAUACGAGUGGAGUGGCAUGCGUUUUUGUUCAUGAUUUAAAAAAAAAUUUUUACAAAAAAUUUCUCUACGAACCUUUUCCUAUUGAAUCAAAUCUACUUGAAGUUCUUCCUGACCAUGUUAAUGCUGAAAUAGCUGCUGAAACUGUAUCAACUAAAGAAAAUCUGGUGGAAUAUAUUAAAUGGACUUAUUUCUACAGACGACUUCUGCAAAAUCCUACUUAUUAUAAUCUGGAUAAUAUAGAAGAAGAGACAGUACAAACAUAUUUAAGUGAUUUGAUUGAUAGUGUAAUUGUUGAAUUAAUUAAAACCAACUGCAUUUCAAUUGCACUACAUGAAGAUUUAUGCUAUUUUAAGCCAACCUUCUUUGGUCACAUUACUUCAUUUUAUUACCUAUCUCAUGAAACUGUAGCUCACUUCCAGAAGCAAUUUAAACCUACCAAUAGUAUCGAUGAUUUAAUACAAAUUCUGUGUCAAUCCCAAGAAUAUGCUCUUUUUCCAGUAAGGCACAAUGAGGAUAAAAUUAACGAGAAGUUAAUUCGAGAUCUUGGAAUAACAACAAUUAAAAAUGGUUCAACUGAUUCCCCAAGUGUGAAAGUUUAUUUGUUAAUUCAAGCAUAUUUACUUAAACAUAAACUUCCUAAUCAAGAGUAUAAUGUGGAUUUGAAAACUGUAAUGGAUCAAAUUUUGCGACUUCUGCAGGCAAUGCUUGAUAUAAUAGCUAACUACGGUUGGCUGGGCAGUACUUUAAGAAUAAUUUAUAUAAUGCAAAUGAUAAUUCAAGGACAAGUACUUGAUGAACCAUCUAUAUGUACUCUGCCCCACAUUUCAGAUGAAGUUAUGUAUUCAUUGAACAAGGAAUUGUUCCCCAUGGGCAUUUCUUUACGACUCCCAUCUUUAAGACUUGCCCUUUUGAAUAAUAAAAAAGGAAUGGAAAAGGUGUUCAUAAAUGUUUUGGGGAAACAACAUGCUCGCGAAGUUAUCGAAAAAAUCGAAAGUUUACCUUUGAUUUUUAUGCGCGUAUCAUUAAACGAAAUAAUUGAUGACGGGGAAAAGAUGAACGAGUUACAUCCUCCCUAUCAGCUAAAUCUCGAGGGAGAAUAUGAAUUUGACAUAACGUUAACUCGAAAUACUGCAUUUACUCCGUGUGUUAAACUAAUUCGGUUUCCCAAGACAAAAGAUGAAGGUUGGAUUAUCUGUGUUGGAAUCCCCGAAUCAGACGAAGUUCUGUGUACCAAAAGAGUUACAUUUAAAAAGCAUAGCAGUGUAUAUUUGAAACUUCCGGCGCUGACAAAGAAAGGAGAUUACUUAAUUUCUGUGUUAUUGAUGUCAGAUUCUUAUUUGGGAUUUGAUCAGCAACUUUCAUUUCCUGUGAAAGUUAUUUCAAAGGAAGGUAAUUAAGACUGAUUGUGAGAAGAUGGGACGAUUCUUUUGAAUCACUGUAUUAUUUUGUUCUGUUUGCUUUUUUUAAAAUAAUAAAUGUUGUUUUGUUAAAA